CCAAUGAAUGAUAAGACUACACAUAAACAUACAAAUAAAGAUACAUAACCAAAAAAUUUUUUAGAUUGUAUCAUCGUAAUAUUCAUAUACAUGAUUUAAAGAAGGACUUAUAAAAUAUUACUAUAGUAGCAGAGUAAACAUUAUCAACCUUUCUUAAGGAACGGUAAACGUCAUAUUUAAUGUAUCAGCAUAUAAAAGAGAGGCAAUAAAGGAUUAAGUUAUUGUUUCACACGUGUUUAAUUAACAAGUAAUAAAAAUGCCGUUUAUGAUUGGUAGAGCACCUAUACGAAGAACAUUAAACUAUUUAAAUUCUGGCAAAUUAAUUUUAAAAGAUGAAAUACAAAUAUUUUCUGUUAAUUAUAAUACACACGGAGAACAUCAUGAUGGCGCUAGACGGUUUGUAUUUUGGCAUUUAUCACAACUCCAAUAUAAAAAUCCAAAUGUGCAAAUUAUCACUUUUAGAAAUAUGACACCGACACCUUUUAUAAAAUGUUAUUAUGAGAAUGGAAACACUAUGUUAAUCGAUAUAGAUGGCAAAUCUAAGGAAGAUAUAUUACAUCAUCUUCAAAAUGUAAUUUGUAAAUCACUGAAAGUUCAGGAGGAAGAAAGUACAUUGAAAAAGAAGAUAGAUAAUUCUGCUAAUUUUGGCGUUGGCUGUCCUAGAAGCUGUAUAUGUGUAAUACCUGGUCAAAUACCAUGUCCUGCUAUAGUACCUCUGCCAUAUCACAUGCGUGGAAAAUAUAUAAGAAAGCAAAAUACAGGGGAAAUAUAAUUUUGCUUUAAUGAGUGCAUUAUGGUUAAAACAAAACUUACUAUAGCAAAAAAAACAUUUAGUAUCAUGUUUAUUUAAUUUUGGUAAUUAAUAGCUUUUUGUUUCUAGUUACUUAAUAUUAAAUAAAAAAUGAUCAUGUUUUGCAUUACAAUAAAAUAUGUAUUUAAAGUAUA